AUGAACGUUGAUAAAUUGAAGGAAUUAUGUGAUGAUGGUAAAUUCUAUGAAGCACAACAAAUGUUUGUUGUUCUCUUCAACAAGACAUUUAAACAAGAAAAGUAUGAUAAAUGUGCUCAAAUUUUAUUAUCGGGUUUAAAUAAGAUGCAUCAAUUUAAACAAGUAGCCUUGUUGAUCGAUCUUGCUAAAUACAUGCUUUCUCUUUUUACUAAAUUAAAUGCUUCAACCACACAUACAUUCACAAUCAAGGAAGAUAAAAUUACAGCAAUAGAUCUUAUUAGACAUAUUGUUGAAUCGUAUCAUCAACUUGAAGAUAUAACACCAAAAGAAGAUAUUCAAAGAAUGAUUUCAUUUUUGGAUAAAGUAGUGACGUGGAGUGCUGAACAUCAAGUUCCUAAAAUUUCAGACAGUCACGGAGAACCUUUUAUACAUAUGGAACUUGGAAAGCUUCACUUUAAAUUAGGAGCUAAUGAAGAAAGUAAUAAGAAUUUUUUGAAAUCAAACUCACCAGACGAAUUUGCUGAAAUGAUUUCUGAAUGGAUUAAAAAGGGAGAAGAUGGAGAACAUGAUUUAUUCAUUACUCGUGCUGUUUUGCAAUUAUUGCAAUUAAAGAAAUUGGAAAUGGCUAAAAGAGUUUUUGAAUUAUUACAACAAAAAACUGAAAAAUUAUCAUCAACUCCACUUCUUCACUUUGUUAAAUUUUUGAUAAUUUCUAUUGAAAAAGGCAAUUUGGAAUUGUAUCAUCAUAUCAAUCAAUCUUAUGCAACUGAGCUCACUAGAAGGGAUGCCAGCUUUAAAGAUGUUUAUCUUGACAAGAUUGGAAGUAUUUACUUUGGUUUACAAAAAUCCAAACCACAAAAUCAAGGACUUGGAUCAAUGAUUAACUCAUUGUUCUCUUCAAUGAUGUCAAAAUAA